AUGUUUCAUUUGGUGCAGAACUCGCAGGGCUAUGAACCAAUUACUGGCGAAGAAUCUGCCCAAAAAUGGGGCUCUCAGACCCGUUCUAAAGCUCUAAUUUUUUAUGCUACAGUUUCAAUGACAUGGCCAAGUAAUAUCUACAUUUUUGUGGUACAUGGGGGUACCAAGGAUGGCCUCCUCAUCUGUGCAGUAGCCCUCUAUCGACACGAACAGGAAACGGCAGUCAACCGAAAGCCCCUCAGUCUGCGUAAAGUCUGCAAAAAGAUCGAGGAUGAGCACUGGUCGGAAACCAAGAGGACAGUCAAGCUCGAUCCCUGUACCUUGCGGAGGCUGGUCAAGGGUGGAACCCUGAAAAGCAUCUGGAAUUUUCAGAAGUCUUGGUUGCUCGAGUGGGAGGCGACAAUGGUCAUUGAUUAUGCCAUCGAGGUUGCUUCUCGUGGAUUCCCACUCAGCCACAGACAGCUCAAGGACCAUGUUGACAGCAUUUGCUGUGCACGGCUAGGAAGGAAGUUUCCCGCUUCCGGAGUAGGCAAAAACUGGACUAGCUGUUUCAUCAGUAAGCACUCUGAUCGGCUCAGCACCUAUUGGACUCACAAUCUCGAUGAAAAAUGGGGAUGGGCAGUUAAUCCGCACACAAACAAGGAGUGGUUUGAUCUGUUGGAAGAUGUCCUAAAGGGAAACAGGGAUGACAAGUUUGACAAGUUUGAUCCUCCUCCAACUAGCGUGGGAAACAGGGAUGACAAGUUUGAUCCUCCUCCAACUAGCGCAGGAAGCAGUGGUCAGGCUGAUGAUGUCGACGAUGACUCGGACAUGCCAGCCCUUAUCCGAGAUCCUCCUCCAACUAGAAGCAGUGGUCAGGCUGAUGAGGUCAAUGACGACAUGCCAGCCCUGGCAAGUCUUGAGAAAGAUACUUAUGGAGAUGAUGGAGUUGAUGAGGAUGAGGAUGGUGGACACACACUAUCUUUAUGA